AUGAGCGACCCGCGCCAGCGCGACGACUCGGAGGACGAGGACGACUUCAACCCGGCGCCUGAAGUCGGCAGCGACGUCGAGGACCAGGCCGAUGGCAACGACGACGACGAUGACCAGGAUGACUCGCCGCGACGUGAGAACAAGAGGCAAUCGCCUGCCCGAAGCCCCGCCGGCGAUGACCACGACGGCGAGGAUGACGAAGGCGAAGGCGAAGAUGUGAACGGCCACGCUCACGACGAAGACGACGAUGAAGAAGAAGAGGACGAAGAAGAGGACGAGGAUGAAGAGAUCCAAGGCCACCGUCGCAAACGCCGUAGGGACCAACGCAACGCCUUCAUCGAUAUCGAAGCUGAGGUCGACGACGAGGAAGAGGGCGAAGAUGACGACGAAGAUGCUGAGGAGGCCGAGGGCUUCAUCGACCGCGAGGAGGUCGGCGAGGCGGACCUCGUUGGCCGCGAGGACGACACCAGACACAGAGAGCUCGACCGCAGACGAGACGCAGAGGAGACCUUCGAUGCCGAGAAACAGGCAGAGAUCUACCAGAAGCGCUACGGUGCCCGGAGACCCGCUAGGGGCAUGGGCGAUUCGGGUGUGGUGCCCCAGCGCCUGCUGCUGCCCAGCGUCGAUGACCCCAGCAUCUGGGGCGUGCGCUGCAAGGAAGGCAAGGAGCGCGAGGUCGUCUUCUCCAUCAUGAAGCGAGUAGACGAGAGGAUGGGCACCAAGGACGAGCUCGGAAUCACAGCUGCCUUCGAGCGCGGUGGCCCAAACUCGGUCAUGAAGGGUCUCAUCUACGUCGAGGCCCAGCGCCAGAACGAUGUUCUUUCCGCCCUGGACGGCAUGCUCAAUGUCUACCCCCGGACCAAGCUCUUGCUCGUCGACAUCAAGGAGAUGCCCGAUCUACUGCGUGUCCAGAAGACGCCCACCUUGGAGCCUGGCUCCUGGGUCAGAUUGAAGCGACCGCCCAAGCACGCCGGCGAUCUCGCCCAGGUCCUGGAUAUUACCCAGAGCGGCCUCGAGGCAAGAGUUCGCUUCAUUCCCCGACUCGACUACGGCAUGCGUGACGACCCGCUCGCUGCCAUGACACCCGACGGAAAGCGGAAGCGUCCGCUCGUCGGACCCCGCCCUCCCCAGAAGCUCUUCAGCGAAGUUGAGGCGCGGAAGAAGAACCCACGAGCCAUCAGUGGCAAUCCUACAUCCAACACCUGGAUCUACAAUGGCGACGAGUUUGAGAACGGAUUCCAGGUCAAGGAUAUCAAGAUUCAAUUAUUGACCGUCAAGGAUGUCAACCCGUCACUCGAGGAGGUCACCAAGUUUGCGUCUGGUGGUGAGGACGGUGUUGAGAACAUUGACCUCAAAUCACUGGCCGCGAGUCUGAAGGACAGUUCCGCGAGCGUCACUUACCUCCCCGGUGAUGUCAUUGAGGUGUACGAUGGCGAGCAAAGAGGAGUCGUUGGAAGGGCCACCAACGUUCAGGGUGACAUUGUCACUUUGGAUGUUACUGAAGGCGACCUGGCAGGACAGACAAUCGAGGUACCAACAAAGGGCCUGCGGAAGCGUUUCCGUCCUGGCGACCACGUCAAGGUCAUUGGAGGCAGUCGAUAUCGCGACGAGGUCGGUAUGGUUGUCAAGAUAUCCGAGGAUAGAGUGACCCUCUUGACCGACCAGUCGACUACCGAGAUCACUGUCUUCAGCAAAGAUCUCCGAGAAGCUAGCGACAUCGGAGGUCAGGGCUCGCUCGGCCAGUAUGAGAUGCUGGACCUCAUCCAGUUGGACCCAACAACUGUUGCUUGCAUUGUCAAGAUUGACCGAGAGUCCAUGGUCGUCCUCGACCAGAAUGGUGAUACGCGACAGGUCAUGCCGUCCCAGAUCGCCAAUAAGUUGCCGAGACGCAAGUUGGCUGUGGCUGCAGACCGCAAUGGAUCCGAGAUUCGCCUGGAUGAUGUUGUUAAGGAGUAUGGUGGUAUGGGACGCCAAGGAAAGAUUGUCCACAUUCACCGCACAUGGGUCUUUUGCCAUACGAACACAACCAACGAGAAUGCUGGUAUCUUCGUUUCCAAGGUCAGCAAUGUGUCGACCAUCUCCGCAAAGGGUGGCCGAAGCCAACACUCCUCGGGCCCGGAUUUGACAAAGAUGAACCCAGCACUUUCUAUGGGUCCCAAGGGCGGUGCAGGCAUGGCGCCGCCCCCUAAGCCGAUCAUCGGCCGCGACCGCCUCGUCGGACAAACUGUUACGAUCAGAAAAGGUGGCUACAAGGGCUUGCUCGGCCGCGUCAAGGAGACCUCCGACACUCACGCCCGGGUAGAGCUUCACACCAAGAGCAAGGUUGUCAACGUGCUCAAGGGCGAUCUGAUCGUUAAAGAUGCCAUCACCGGUCGUGAGCUCAAGAAUUACGACAGUCGUCGACCCCCAGGCAUGGGUGCCCCUGGACGACCAGGUGAAGGCCGCACCGUGCCAGACUGGAACGGCGGAUCGCGGACUCCUAUGGCAUCCUCCAUGUCUAACCGUACGCCUGCAUGGAAGACGCCAUCGGGUGCUGGCAAUGGUGGCCGCACUCCAGCUUGGAGCAAAGGAGGCGGUGACUUUGGCGGUCGAACGCCCGCUUGGGCAGGUGCUGAUGGAUCACGAACGGUCAACCCAUACGAUGGUAGCCGAACGGCAUACGGUGGAUCUGGAUCGCGCACGCCUGCUUGGAACUCGGGCUCGAAGACACCUGCCCCGGACUCCUUCAGUCAUGGCUCAAAAACCCCAGCCUACGGUGGCAGUGGUGCUUCGGACCCAUGGUCUUCAGGGUCCAAGACGCCGUAUGGUGCCGCUGCUCCUACGCCUGGUGCAAGUGGUGGUGGUGAUACUUGGGGCUAUACGCCGGGAGCGUCUGGUUCUUCCGGCGCGUACGAUGCUCCUACUCCUGGUGCCCUUCUUGGUGCGCCGACCCCUGGCGCAAUGAACGCUCCUACACCAGGUGCCUACAACGCGCCUACCCCUGGAGCUAUGAAUGCGCCAACCCCCGGAGCCGGCUGGCAAGGUGGCUGGGGUGCAGCAGAUGCCCCAACCCCUGCUGGAGGAGCUCCUACUCCGGCUGCAAGUGGCUCGUUUGCAUAUGCCGUCAACGCACCGACUCCUGGGGCAUGGAGCGCUGAGACCCCGGCCGCCAGCGGUCCGAGGUACGAGGAUGAUUGA